AUGUCCGUCGAUCUCGUUCAAAACAUUAAACAUAUCUACGGAUUGACCGUGUUUGGCACUAUACGCAAAAACAAACAAGAGAUACCACCAUCGUUUACGCAAGUAGCGGCUGUUGGUACUACACGCUUUGCACACGCCAACGGAAAUACCUUGGUGUCGUAUUGUCCGAAAAGAAACAAGGUCGUUCUAUUAUUAUCAAGCUUACACAAAAAUGGACGAAUAGAAGAAAAUACCCAAAAACCGGAAAUAAUAUAUUUCUACGAACCCGCAAAAGGAGGAACUGAUACCUUUGAUCAGAUGAUCCUCGCUCAUACUACUGCUCGUGGUACUUUGAGAUGGCCUUUAACACUGUUUUCUGGUAUGUUGGAUCAGGCUGGAAUUAAUUCCCUUAUACUGUAG